ACUGUGUUCCGAAGAUGAACCGAGCGAGGUCUUACAAGUUUGGAACGACAUGAGGAUUCACCGGAACUUUCUCUACAUCGCAAGCAUGGAGAUGAACUCUCAGAAAAGUUCUUCAGUACCCACGAAGGACAUUACACCCAUCCAGCAGAUGAUCGCAUCUUGCUCAGGGGCAAUUAUUACGUCACUGUUUGUAACACCUCUGGAUGUGGUGAAGAUCAGACUGCAGGCACAAAACAAUCCUUUCCCCAAAGGGAAAUGUUUUGUGUUCUGUAAUGGCCUGAUGGAUCAUAUAUGUGUCUGUGAGAAUGUCAAUUCAAAGGCAUGGUACAAAACACCUGGUCAUUUCACCGGCACUUUGGAUGCUUUUAUUAAGAUUAUACGUAUGGAAGGAGUCAGUUCUCUAUGGAGCGGCCUUCCUCCAACACUAGUGAUGGCUGUACCUGCAACCGUAAUCUAUUUCACAUGUUACGAUCAGCUAUGUGCCGUUCUCAAGCACAGGAUGGGAGAACGAUCAGAUUAUGCACCGCUGUUGGCCGGCGCCAUCGCGAGAGUGGGGUCGGCAACAGUAAUCAGCCCCCUGGAGCUGGUCCGCACAAAGAUGCAGUCUGAGAAGCAGUCGUACCAGGAGCUGAGCGCCAUUAUCCGGUCAGCGCUGCACAACAAGGGCUGGCGGUCUCUGUGGAGGGGCUGGGGACCCACGCUGCUCCGAGACGUCCCAUUCUCAGCUAUGUACUGGUUUAACUAUGAGAAGGGUAAAGUUUGGCUCUGUCAAUAUUACAACUGUACAGAUCCAACCGUUGCCAUCACAUUCACGGCUGGAGCACUGUCUGGAUCAUUUGCAUCGGUCAUCACACUGCCGUUUGAUGUGGUCAAGACAAAACGACAGGUAGAACUGGGUGAACUGCAGACGAUAAAAUUGUCCACACACGUCUCAUCCAGCACAUAUCAUGUGAUGAAAAGGAUAGUUGCUGAAAAUGGAGUAUCAGGACUAUUUGCAGGUUUUCUGCCCAGGCUGAUUAAAGUGGCUCCGGCGUGUGCUAUAAUGAUCAGCACAUAUGAGUUCGGAAAAGCUUUUUUCCACAGAUACAACCAGAAGAAACAGAGGGGGACACAACUGCAGCCCAGCACUUGCUCUCACUCAGAAAAGCACUGAUUUAGAAGAACACUUGAUCCCACAUCACACACCUUUGUUAAGAUUCAGUAAAUUAACCACAGGCUAUGCCACAAAUUUACCCAGCAUGUAAUCUAUCACUCUUGCUGUCAGUCUAAAAGAGGAUUUAUAUAGAGUUGCUGUGAAAUAAAUCAGUAUUUACUUUCUCUAGUAAAUAUUUAAAAGUAACAGAGUAUCUUCCACACAGUUCAAAUUAUUGAAGAUAAUAGUUCAAUAUUUGUGUUUUUAAAUGUGUUCAUUAAAAAAGGUGAAGAAACAUAAACCCUUGCUUAUAAAUGCAUCUUCAUUUUAUUUUAAGGGUUAGGAAAAUUGAUAAAUUCCCACUAAAAUUAAUCCCAUCAGUCAUGUUCAUCCUUGUAAUUUUGUUCUACCUGUUCUGUCUUGUUGACUUGUAAUUGUUUAGUGUUUAAGUCAGUUUCCGAGGUUUAUGUUAAAUUAAGACAAGUGUGUGCAAAUGGUGCCAAAAAUAAGGAUGAUGAUUAUUUCAUUUUUUUUAGAAUGAAUAUUCACAGCAUUUUAAACAAUUGUGCUUUUUGUAAUUUUCUUUUCUUUUUAAGUGCUUCAACAGUGAUUCAUUAAUUAUUUAAAAUCUCUUUGUUGUGAAUUCCUUAAUUCAGUCCAGAAUAUUGUCUGUAGUUAUUUUAAUUUACACUCAUGUUGCUUUAACCAGGAGCGCAUAAGAUCUUAUGCAUUGUGCAAAAUUGUAAUUAUUUAUCUUCUAUUCCCAGUGUGAUAAAAGAAUGAGAAGGAAUUUUAGCAUUCUCCGUUUACAUUUUGUUUUUACACAAAAUUGCAUUUAAUUUGUAUUGAUAACUAGACAUCAAAAACCAAAUUAAAGCUGUAAUGUGAUGAGGUCUUGUGACAAUAUUCUGUAAGCUAGUAUUCCAAUGCAAACAUAAACAAUGAAAUAAAAUCAGCAUUCAGCCAAGCUUGUAUUUACAUUUUAAUUUAUUGAAGAAAAUAAAUAAAAAAAUCAUAGAUGAGGACAUAAAGUGAAAUUUGACUGAAUAUAUUGAGGCUAAAUUAUAAUUAGCUGAAUAUAUGAUAUUCAUCUCAUUGCGCCUCGUUAUCCUCACCCCAUUUAUUUCUGUCACAAUGUAACCGAACACAAUAGAAACAAAAGCUCAAUCACAAAAAAAGAUUUCAAAGCAUUGAGAAAGAAAAUACAUUCAAAAAUGUCUCAAUGUGACAAUUCUGCAGUUUCAAACGUGUUAUUUUUUUCUCAAAUUUAAAGGCUAAAACUCUUGAAACAGAAACGUAACACUCGGGUACUCAAAUGCAUUUCCUUCAUUCCACUAUACACAUAAAAUGCAUUUAAUUGCACAAACAGUGCAGUAAGAAUCUCAAAUAAAUCUUGAGAUGCACAUUUAGAUGUACUGGCCUCUGAACGUUGUAAAACAUGCAUUUCACAUGUAAAAUGUGACCCUGGACAACAAAACCAGUCUUAAGUCGCUGGGGUAUAUUUGUAGCAAUGGCAAAAAAAAAAAAAAAAAAAAA